GCCUCUUAUUUAAUUAAUCACUUGGAUUAGUCAGCUACUAGCUUUGGGGGCGCUACAAAUUGGUACCUGAAUUCAGUGAAGAUACUACUCCAAAUUCUCUUCCUGAUGCUACUAUAGAUUCAACUUUAACUUCAGAUUCGAUUUCUGGAUCUAAAACCGAUUUAGAUAAGGGUUUAAAUGGGUUUUGAAAAUCAACAUCAAACAUUGAAGAGCCUGUUAUUUCAAUUAGUGAAUUCACGGUCUCUCCACCUGAAGAAACAAUUACUAAUGGUGUUGUUGAAGAAGAAUUUGAUAAAGCUGAAGUGAAUAAUUUUGGAAGGACGAAUCAGACAGAUUUUGGUGAGUGUUUCUCCAUUAUUCUCGAUUCUUCUCGCAUCAUAUUUGAUCCAGGAAAAUAUUUCAAACUCAUUAAGAGGUUUUGUUAUUUAACCGGUGUUUAUGAAUUUGGCUUCGAUUCAAUUACUUCAUGUUCUUUUGCACUAUAUGGUUGCUCAAAUUUAAUGGAUGAAAUUGAUAGAAAUCCUGUAUAUGAGCUGAAUUCUAAGAAUGGGUACUGGUCAGAUUCACGGUUUAGAGAUAAAAUUGCUAGUAUGUUGGCUGAUGGUAGUAUUUCUAGUGUCACCUGGCAGCUAUUUGUUAAAAUGAUUCUAAUGGAUACUGUAUGUUAUAAGAAAUUACUUCUUCAAUUGCUUCUUAGCCUGGAGCUUGACUCAGAUUCACAGUUUAUAAAUUUGUUUCCCCGUUUUUGUGUUACUGAUUGUGCAAUUCUGGAUGCGAAGAAGAUGUUUGUUCAAAUGACUGAGAGAGGGAGAUUUUUAUUAAUAUUGUUGGCUAGAGUAGUUACUUUUGAGAUGGAUUGUCAGUUAAUAUUUCAAAUGGUUGAGAUGUGGGGAGAAAUAAACUUUCUUUUGCACAAGCUUCGCCAAUGUCAGUUCGUUUCAACUAUCUUAUGUCAUAGUUUCUGCCCAGUGCAUCUUCAUUAUCCUCUCGCAAAACAACUUGCAAGCUCUAAGAUGUUAUUCAACAGCAAGUUGCUCGGUAAGGACUGUUUUUAUAUUUCUUUUGAUCAUACUCGUGCAUUAUUCGAUCGUGGAAAAGGAAUUGAGCUUAUUCAGGAGUCUACUUAUUCUGGUGGUGAGCUUUAACAGGACACAUAAAUGGCAUGCUCAAGCGCUUAGUAUGGAGGGAGCAGAAUUUUAUUUAUUACAGCUCAAAUGUGAGUUGCUUGAGUCUGACUACAUGUUGCAGCAAGGUAAGCGUCUCUGGUCGAGGUUGAUACUUCAAGUGACAGGUAAUAGUGCAGCUGGUACUGCAAGAGAAUUAUUUGAUCAACUACAUCACAGUAGUAGGUAGAAUUGUGUGGUUCUUUCAUCUUGCAGUUAGGAAGUGGGUUGCUGACUGGGAUUUGGAUUCUUCAUUUUUGGUCAGUGGAUGUUGGUUUUGAGCUACUUUGUAACACAUCUGAUAUGCAAGCCAUUUUGUUCUCAACCCAAGUGAUUCGAGUUUCAAAUUUUUACUGCCGUAGAUUACAGAGUCCCAUAUCUCAAGCAAAAGAAACUCAAAGUCUGAAGAUGCUGUUAUGGGUAGAGUAUUUGAGAUGGAAAUUCAAGUUGUUUUUAACUGGGUGGUGGAGUAUGUUCUGUGAAGCUGGGGUUUGUACUCAGAUUACUGCACAUUUUGUUGCCAAGCUCAUUUGUGCUCUGUUGGAAUGGCUUAAUCAGUUUGAAGCUACCAAUGGCUUUGCACUUAUCCUCAUCAAGUUUGCUCACUGGAAAUUUGAUAGAGGCAAGCUGUUCACCAAUCAGUACUUUUCUUUUGAUGUUACUUCUGAAUAUUAUGUACCCAGUUGGAUGUCUCCAUAUGGUAAUGCUUGUUUUUUCCAAGUAUCUACGUAUUUGCUUAACGUCUCCAAUAUAACUGGUGCCUUUCUAGAGUUCCAUGAUUUUUAUCUUGUGCAAAGACCAGAGUGUCUUCAAUUAGAAUUUUGUGGGUUCGUGCUGAGAAGAAUGAAGCAUUUUCCUAUGGUAGAUAUCAACAUAUCCUUCGCUAUCCAUUUUGCACCAAAUGGUAGUGCUGCAUUCAGGUCUGUGCUUCUUUUACCGAUUUUAUCAACUCUGGUAGUACAAGCAUCUGGGAAGUUUUUGUUGGUAUUUUGUCAUGCUCGACUGUUAUUUUUGGUAUGUUCACCAACAAGUAGCUAUCUUAAUCUUGAGUUAUGUGGGAGGAAGCAGACAGUCCAACUCUUACCCAUUUGGAUGCACACUCUGGCCGUGUCUAAGUCAGUGGCCUGUCCAGUACAGUUUUAUUGUGGACAUCUGCGGUGUUGGCUAGUUUUAAAUUUAAAAUUCUAGAGCAGUUGGUUGAUCACAAGAAAAAGAACUACUACAAGCUCAAGCAACUGACACCAAACUGUGAUGGAAAACUCAGUGGUAUACUUGUGGCAUUUAUGGUCAGGCCUGUACAGAUAUGAUACCGAAGAUGGUUGUGUCUCAAGAGAAAACGGAAGAUGAAGUUGAUCACUUGUACAUGGGGACUGUUCACUGCAACCAACUGAAGAUUCCAGGUGCUAAGAAAGAAAAGAUGCUGCUGCUAAGAAGCAAAACAAAGGCGAUUGAUAUCUUCGUCAGGUUUACCAAUACAAUGGUUACUAUCCAUCGUAUGCUCUUACAAGAUUUUGUGACUCCUUAGAAGGAUGAAUUUAGCAAGCCUGGUACCUUGAUUGUGGAGCUUCGUGUUGUCCUGCAGCCACUCCAGUUGUUCUAUUUUCACCUUCAUCCUUGAGGACAAGGAUGGUUUCAAGGGGAGUGGAAUGUCAUGUGCACAGGGGUGCCCGUAUCGUAUGAAUCUGGGUAUUUAGUAGUAUCUAGUAGGGUGUAAUGAGUGGUUUAGAUUAGCCCACGUGGAUAGUUUAUAAUCGUUGGAUAUUGAGAGAGGGAGAUGGUGUGUGUGUGUCUGAUUUAUAUACUCUCAUAUCCUGUAAUGAAACUCUCAUGAGAAGAUUUAUGAAUAUAAUAUAUUAGUUUAACAA